UUUGCUGCCACCUUGUGGCCGCUUUUAUCUUAGAAACUUGUUGCAGUUUCAGUUGUGGUUGAAUUUGCUAGCAGGAGGCUACGUUAGCUUUAGCCAGUCAGUAGUAUAUCUGUAGCAGAGAAACUCGUGCUCCGUCCACCCACCAAUGACACGGACACUUAACUUACAAACAUGCUCCUGGUUGUUCGCUGAUAUUUGGCUGGCUGUUUUCCUACUGUAUACCAUCAACGUUCCUUGAAGCUAUCCCUGAUCUGUAACGCGCAGUAACUUAACUCUGGGCUAUGGAUCCUGAUCGAUUGAAACGUAGAGAGGAGAUUCAGAAGGCAAUGGGUUUCAUCCAAUCAUCGCUUCCAUUCCCUGAACCGGAGAGUUAUGAGGCAUUUCUGACACAGCUGGUGUGUAACCUGCUGGAUGAAGGGAAUUCUUGCUUUCGAGACGGGGACUGGCGUCAAGCAAGUCAGCAGUAUGGAGAGGGUAUCAGCGUUGCCCGCUAUGCACAGGCCGAAGCCCUCAUCAUCCCCUAUGAGCUGCUUGAGAGCCUCUACGUUAACAGGGCAGCUGCUUUCUAUAAUUUGAGAGAGUACGAGCGUGGCGGUCAGGACUGUGACAAUGCACUGUGUGUGUCAGAGGGCAGUCGCAGGGCUUUGUACCGCAAAGCUCUCUGCCUUCGGGAGCUGGGUCGACUCAGAGAGGCUUACGAGUGUGGAACCAAAUGCCUCCUCACAGCCCCACACGACAGGCAGGUCAGUGACCUGGCACAAGACCUGGCCACCAAACUGGGUUUGAAGGGACGAAAGGCCUACGUAAGCCCACAGACCGAGUCGUCGUCCACAGAAGGGGAGAGUCACGGGGAGUCUUCUCCACCCACUGGAGAAAUGUCUUCGAAUGGGCUGGAGUCCCUGGGUGACAUUGGACAAGCAGACCUGUCCAGCGCACAGUGCAUCCCGGCUCCUUUGGCCACGCCCAUCCCCGUCAGCGACGACCCAGCGACCAACGUGGUGACCUCCUGCUCGGACCUGUCGGACAGCCCCAGCAGCCAGGCUCUGCCUCCCAUGCCGUAUUCUGUUCCCGUGUCGGAACAGAUGGACGAGUGUGGCAGCAGUGUUAUGAAGGACGAGCUGGACAGCAUUUUGGAAUGCAUCCCAAAGAAAGUCAGUGAGAGUCCGGUUCAGGGCGUGAUCCCAACCAACCUUCCCAACACGGCCGUCGGUCUCCGCCCUCCUUAUUCGCCCAACCUUCCCGCGCCAUCACCUCAGCUUCCCCCGGCCUUCUUCAGCUCCUCCAUCUCUGACCUAAGCCCACUGGAGCCUUACUCAACACUGCGCGACCAGGGCUCCACCCAGGCGCUGGACGCAUUGGGAGGCUUUUCUACUGGGGACACGGAUGGAGAAGGAAAAGGUGUCGCUGCUGGCGGGCUGGACUCCUUGUCAGAGUACACUCUUCCUGGGGGACGAGUGUGUCACAGCUUCAUCCCUGGAAUGCGCAACCACAGUAAUGCACAUGCUAAUGGACCAGCAGGAACCAACCUUUCGCUGCUCUCCAGAAAUCCCCUGGGAGCCACACACGAGUUUCGGCAGGCGUGUCACGCCUGUUACAGCAGAAUAGGACCGCGAGUAAUGGACUACAAGUAUCAGCCAGAGGCGGCUCACCGCUGUAAGAGAGACGUGCUGCUGUGUCGACUCAAAAACACAGACGACCCCACCUGGAAGAGGAUUCGUCCCCGGCCUGCACGGAACAACUUCCUCGGGGCGUUUGUACUCUGUAAAGAGGUGCAGGAGCGCCAGGAGUGCCAGUACGGGGAGAACUGCACGUUUGCGUACUGCCAGGAGGAGAUCGAUGUCUGGACGCAGGAGAGAAAGGGUGCACUGAGCCGAGAGCUGCUCUUUGAUCCACUGGGCAGCACAGAGAGACGGGCGCUCAGCGUCACCCGACUGCUGCAGCUCCACAUGGGCAUGUUCAUGUUCCUCUGUGAGGAAUGUUUUGACAGUAAGCCUCGCAUCAUCAGCAAACGGAGCAAAGAGAAUUUGGCAGUCUGCUCGAACCUCACAGCACGACACCCAUUUGAUGACAACAAGUGCCUGGUCCACGUGGUGAGGUCGGCCAACGUUCGUUACAGUAAAAUACGCCCCCUGCACCCCCUGUGCCAGUUCGACGUUUGCCGCCACGAGGUUCGCUACGGCUGCCAGCGCGAGGACAGCUGCUCCUUUGCUCACUCUGUCAUAGAGCUCAAAUGUUGGGUCCUGCAGCAGGACACCGGUAUCACUCACGAAGAGAUGGUCCAGGAGUCUAAAAGACACUGGCAAAGGCUGGAGCAGAAUUCACAGAAGCAACAAAAGCCAAUCCACAUCCCCCAUCCGAGCAGCGGCCUACCUAGCGGAGGGCUCGGGGGACUUGGCAGUAUGUCGGGUGGAGAGGGUGUAGGGGCCGGCGGAGUGGGUCCAGUGGGAGCUGUCGGGGUGGGAGGCUUAGGAGCAGGAAGGGGUCGCCCCCUCAACCUGAAAAUGAAGUUCGUCUGUGGUCAGUGCUGGAGAGAGGGUCAGGUCAACGAGCCAGACAAGAACCUCAAAUACUGCACCGCUAAGGCCAGACACAGCUGGACAAAGGAGCGCAGGGUCUUGCUGGUGAAAUCAUUCGAGAAGAAGAAGUGGGUCGUCGUCAGGCCUCUUCCCUUCUCCCGUUCCUAUCCACAGCAAUAUGAUAUGUGUGUGCAUGUGAUGAAGCAGAAGAAGUGCCACUAUAUUGGGAACUGCUCCUUUGCCCACAGUCUCGAGGAGCGGGACGUCUGGACGUACAUGAAGAACAACAACCUGAGAGAUAUGCAGCAGAUGUACGAACUGUGGCUGCAGCUGACCAAUCAGAGCAGACGGUCGGAUAACUCGGCUGUGACCCCGCCCCCAGAUGAUAAGCAGGUCACCAUAUCAGCAGAUUUCACAGAAGGCCUGGGAGGCCGGCAUUUGUCGGACGGUGACGACCUCUGAGUGUGACCGCUGACUGAAAGCAGCUGCUGAGCUGCGGACAGAGACGGGCCCGCCAGACCAGCUCCAGCUGAAGACGUCUGUUGUCCCGCAGGCCUGGUGACCCUUAGCAUCGAGCCGGCGAGGAGGCAGACGGACCCAGAAGACGUUCGACCCUACCAACACACAUGUAUGCACACAUUCAAGUACACACAACACUCACGUUUAUCCUAAAGAGAAGGCUUUGUAAGUAAGACCUGUGGCUUUAGCGUUUUGCUUUCUGUCAUGCUACACAUGGCACCUUUUGGGGCCUUUUGCCACAAAAGUUCCACAGACAAAAGUUCUAGCUCUGUUCACACUUAAAUAAAUGACUUGUGGUCCCUAAUUUUGAGAAUGUGUGUCCACCAGAACCUUUUUUUUCCCCUUUAUCUUCAUAUUAAAUAAGAAUGAAGAAAUCCAUGUUGCAUGGUGGGUGCGCUGGUCGCAGCCCAUAUAUUUGCUUUUGGAAAAGCUCUCAGAGCUUUUCACAGCCAUGGAAACUAAAGAAACAGAGGCAGUGGCAGAAGAGCUUCUUGGUGGACACACUUUACUAAGCUCACAACCAAAUCCUCCUCUCUUUGCUUUGCAGGAAUCUGAUAAGAGGGUUGAGAUAAAAAAAAGUCCUUCUGUUUUUUUUUUUUCUUUCUUUGUUUUUUUUCUUUUGAGAGCAUGUUUUCCUUUUUCCAAGGGGAGUUACGUUUCCUUGCAAUAUUGUCUGCCAUAUUGGUAGAACAUUAUGAAUGUAACGCCUGCAUGGGCCUUUCAAAACAAGGAACUUGUUCCUGCUCCUCAUUGGUUAUUUAAUCGCACCAUACCUGCAUCCGAUGAGCACAGACACACACAGACAUGUUGGCUUGAUAGCAAGUUAGUCAUCAAUGAUUGAUUUAACAUCAGUUCCUCUCAGGUUGACAAAAGAGGGGUCUUAAAUGAUGUAGAACAUCAGCUGGCAGCAGAAAUGAUUGAGAAACUAAUUGCUUGGAGCUGUUGUUGCUAAAGCAAUCAUGGAGAUUUUUACAAUAUGAAGGUUUAGAGUGUACCGGUGUGCAUCUGGCAGAAAGUUUGAUGUAGCAGAGCUCCAGAAAACCAUGCAGGCUCCGGACAGUACGAUCAGUUCAGAUUUCGGAAACCCCGAAAAAAAAUUAAAAAAGAAGAUAGAAUUGAAGCGCGUAAUUGGCAAAAGGAGAGAUUUAUCUGUGAUAAUUGAAAAAGAAAUUAAGUCCACGAGGAAAGUUCAUUUCAAACCUGGUAACAAAGAUAAUUUUGUAUUUUUCUAGCUCACAGUUAGAAUUAUUCGAGAGUUUAGAAUUGAAGGUUUAAGAUGAUAGAUCUCGAGUUAAAUGGAGAUCAGUUUGAAAAAGAUAAACCCCAAACACAUAAACAAAAUAACAAUCUUCCCACAGCCUUCAGAAGGAAGGUCGUGUUCCUCCUUUACCAGAUGUUUAGUUCCUGAUUGCAAAGGGUGGCCACAAGACAGCAGAGGAUGCGCACCCUUUUAUCGUGCCUAUAAACACCACAUCAAUAUGAUACCAAUGCCCAUGAAAAGAAAUGCACACACACAGAGAAGUACACACACAGGCAGGAUUUGUUGCCAUUUUAUUCCAGCCUUUAUUGUGGACAGACAUGGUGAAAGUAUGCCUAUGUUCAGAUACACGCAUAUUAUACAUACAUCCAACUAAUGAUAAACAAUAACCUAGCAGUUAAGCUUAAAUAAAUAUAUAACCUGAAAACCUGUAUUGAUUACAUAGAAGAACUUCUUGUUAUUGAGGUAUUGCUAUAUGACAUGUACCGCUGAACUAGAUGACUAUAGUGAUUUUUUUUUUUCCUUCUUCUUAAAUAAAAGUUUUUUAUUUCUGAAAUCUUGCUUCUGUAUGGGUUGUUCCAGACGGGGCAGUUUGACAGG